CUCAACAUUGAAGGCUCAAUGCACACACAGGGUCUGGGCGGGCCACUACUCGCAUAGAGAAGUGACACACAGACAUCCGUCCGCCCAUUGGUCCAGGCAUGCGUCAAGAGAGUGUCUACAGACAUGCAGAGGGCCGGCCAUGCGGCAGCUACGUCUACGGUGCUGUCAGACAGACAAACAUCCGGACCACACACACACAGGCAGACACACAACGCGCGUGCCAUGGACAAAGUUACAGUCAGCACAGUGUCGGUCUCUCUCACCCGUCUCAUCGGCCACUGAGCUUUGCCUGCACCACUAUGUCUCCAUUAUCAUCCGUUGUGCUAAUUGAGAAGUCGCCGAUUCUCGUAUUUGGGAGCAGCUGCCGAAUGGCGUCGUGAAGGCCGCCAUGCAUCAGCAGCAGCACCCCUACGCGCCUCAGGCCGCGGACACCGGCGGUGAGCAAAGUUGACAGGCCGCUGCGGAUGAGCUCGGCAGCAGCAAGGGGCUCCAACUCAUCGGACACUGACGAUGGCGGCACACAGACACAAACACAUGAUGAGCCGACGAGCACCUCGAUUCACUCGCUGCAGGCAUUCGCGGCAUACCUUCUAAGUACAUGCGUAUCUCUCGAAUAGAUGGCAGACGACUCGACCCCCAGCCGUCAAAGGCACCGCCCUGCGUGAGACUGACUGCCCUGACCUCACCCAACUCCACACCUACCCUGACAGUGUGCAGCCCUCCCCCCUCCCCCAGUCCUUCCAGCACACCGCGUCUGUCCUCUGCACUCACACCUCUGCCAAAUUCCACCCGCAACACCUCUCUGGGCAUCUUCUCUGCCAGCAGCCGGCCCGCAGCUGCUGCGACCAGUCCGCUGUGGACACGCAGCUCUCUUGCCCGCGGGAACGGCGGGAGGUGGUUGAUGAUGGUCGGGAUGGGUGGGGUGGUGCCGGGAGGGGGAACGAAGCCAUCGGCAUUGUGAACCGAUACCCACUCCACCUUGGCGAAUGUGAGGCUCUGUGCUAUCUCGAUGGCCGCCUCGCUGGGGCUGUUGAGGGGGUGGGUGAUGUCAUGCUCGCUCAGAAAGUUCCAAUACACCUCGUCUGCCUGCCGUGCCGCCUCCUGGAUGGCCGUCUUGAUGAAGGGCGAGGGGCGAGGGGGGAACUCGACGGCGUAGAAGAGGGCCAGCUCGAAGGCCGUAUCGCAAACAACGGUCACGGUGAGCGGGACGUCCGGCGAGGUGCAGCAUGUGUUGAUGAAGCCGUCAACAGCCAGCAGAGCAGAGAGGCUGUCAUCGAAGUCGAAUGGGCAGACCUCCACGUCGAGCCGUCUCAGCGACUUGCGGCAGCCACGCGAUGUGAGCACAUCCUUGAAAGAAACAAAGAGAGAAGACCACCAGUGGAUGAUGCCUCGCCUGUGUAAUAACUGCCUACCUGCAGUCGUCUGACUCCCCACUCGUCCCCGCGGAACCAUUCGAUCCCUCCGAUGCGCUCCAGGUGUCUGAGCGGCCCUGGCUGCCCAGCGGGUGUGAUGGGGAAGUGCUCAAACACACCCGCCCACUCGUCCCAGGUCCGCCGACGCCCCCCCACCUCUUUCAGCGAUGACGACGAGCUGAUGAAUUGGCCCAGCUCAUCGGCAUCCCACCCGUCCUGAUCCACAUACUCGAGUGCGGGCAUGCACCAGCCUUUGUGGGCAAGGACACUGUGGUGUCGGACGGCUCCUGUGACGGUCCUGAGGGAAUGAAGGGUGGGGCUGAGGGCAUGGAGGGUGGGGGGCGGGGCGGGGGGAGGAAGGCGAGAGGGGGGGCUGGGUCUGGUGGAGUUGAGCAAUUGGCUGUCGGCGGUGGUGAAGUGGAUGGUCUCCAGGCUGCCCUUCGGCAUGUGCUGCUGGCCCUUCUUCUCGCACACCUCGCGCCGCCCGGCCGCAUGGCCCUCGACGACGCUCAUCAUGGUGUCCAGACACCACAACCGGUCGCCGCGUGGCUGCACGAGGGUGAUGGCCGUCAGGUUGACGAGCCGUUUGCCGAGCUGGAAGGCCUGCUCAGGCGUCAUGCUCUCCCAGAAGUAACGGUCGUCCUCGUCGCUGCAGUCGAUAGUGAUGUGUGUCUGCUGGUGAAGGGCUGCCGUGUGGAUGGGGGAGAGGCUGCUCUGUGUGGCACCAAAGGAUGAUUGCUGCCCGAAGGCCGCACCGCCAAACAUGCCGCCCCGAGCUGAGAAUGACGGUCCACUGAAUGAAUUCGACGCCACCACAGCUGAUCGUUCCACACACACAGACAUGCAGCAGGAGAUGGGCCCAUCCAUCCAUCCAUCUAUCCAUCCAUCCAUCCAUGUGUGUGUUGCUCCGUGACGUCACACACUCACCAGUGCCGCCAGAGAUGAUGCUACCGCUGAACGGGCCGAAUAUGCCGCCCGUCCCCGUGGCAGCCCCGCCCUGGCCAGACAGACUCCCUCUGCCAGUGCCGCUGAACGUGCCCCCCGACGCUGCCGCCCCGCCACCAAGCAGGUCGCCACCUCCUUUCCCUGUGGAUGCCUUGCCGAGCUCGAAUGGGCCGCUGGUGGGUGUGGUUGUCGACUGUGCUGCAGAUGGUGGCAAUUUGGAUGGUGCUUUGGCAGGCGCGAAGAUGCUGCCGCCAAAGAGGUCUCCUGGGGCUAUGAUGGUGUUGGUGAGGCCGGCAGCCGAGGCGGGUGAAGGGGCGGCACUGAUGCGCUUGGCGCGGGACCUUGGUUUGACGGCAGGUGUGGCUGCGCCAACUGUGAAGAGCAACGACGAGGGACCACCGCCAGAUGACGCAGCUGCAGCUGCACUCGACAGGCCCCCUUGUCCCGUCGAUGUGCCGAUCAGAGAUUGUCCGCCAAACAGAGAGAGUAGCGAUGCCGCACCCGGCGGCGCCCCGUCGGCCGUGUCCUCUUUGGCCGCAGCUGUGGUCUGGCCCUUGAGGGGUCCGAAGGCGGCGCCCGCAAAGAGCGGACCGGCAGUGGUCGACGGCAGGGCCGAAGACGAUGCCAUGAGGGAGUCGGCGCUGCGAGGGGGUGGGAAGAUGGCCGACAGCUCGCGAGGGGUCAUGAAGCUACAGAGCGACGCCAGAAGGUCCUCGCCAAAACCAGCAGGAGCCUGAAGCAGAGAAGCGACAAAGGGAGACGAGAGGCUCCAUGAGAGUGGAGGACAUCGGUCGUGUGCUGUGUGUGGCUGUGUGUACCUUCUUGCUAACAUUCCACACCUGCACACACAUCACACAACACACCAAAGCACCAAGCAUCACAGAGUGCUGUCCGGGAGCUUUUGUUGAGGUGUGUUUGCCUACCACGGGUGGCUGUGGGUUCGUGUGUGUGUCUGGAUUGGUCUGGUGCGGCACCACCACUUUGAACUCCUCCCCCCAUCCGCCGACCUCCCUCAUGUAAAGCGCCGUCCCCUCGUGCAGAGUGCCCGCCUUCUCGUAGACCACGUGUGGGUCGAUGUGAUGUAUGCUGGCCGUGACCCACACGUAGUCAUUGGUCGGAGCCCUCUUGGUGCUCGACAGCAACACAACACGGGUGCCCUCCUGGUUACGACUACACGCAGAGGACGGCAUCGCCUGACGAAUGAAACAAACAAACCACAAAGAAAUGACCAAACAAAUGAACGAAUCAUUUGCGCCUCACGGUUGUGUGUGCCUUGCUCACUUCUGCUUGAGGCCGAACAGACGAAGAUGAUGCUGCUGCCGCCGCUGCCAUGGGGCCACUCUCAAACGCGGCUGACGAGAAGAGGACAGUGGUAGGCAUCACUCUCAGCAUCUCUCUCGUCAUUCGUGUGCGGCUUACCGGCGAGAUCUGCCGAGCAGAAUCCGAUGAGCGAUGGCCUCUGUGUCAGCCGAGGCUUACUAUCGAGGAGGCCGACUCAAUGAAGGCUAAUUCGCUGUACAACGCAUCCUAUUCAUCGAAGGGCGAGCUUAUUCGCCAGCUCGCGAUCUGCCAGGCGUCGUUUUCUAUUCAUGACCAAGCCGAUUCAUCACUGCAAAUCGGACCACAUCGACGUCAGCGACGACAAUGGAGAAGAACCAAGCAGCCACAGACAGCCGACAGUCACGAGAUUUGAUGCCGCAAAGAGUUGACGUUACGGUGGGCGGCAGAAAAGGACAAGUCCCUCAUCCAGCCGUCGGCAACUUGAAGUGGCUGCUGCUGCUACCCCUCCCCCCGCCCCGCCACGAGUCGAGGGAAUCGAAGAUCUGCCGCGGGUAAUGACGGGCGAGGCGGUGAGUGGCCUGGCGACGAGCCG